AUGGCUGAAGAGAAAGUUGGUACAAACACUCUUGUAUCCGCUGUUCGUGUUGGAGAAGAGCGAAUAGAUUUUAUAAAAAAGCAGGCGUUUAAGUCGUUAAAGGUGAAGUCAGAGAGAUGGAAUAGGUUCAUUGCUAUGGAUGAAAACAAGAAACUACUAUUGGGCUUCCUUGAUGAGAGGCAGCACGGAAGGCUGCUACUAUUUACUGGAACUGGCGGAGCCCUGCACGCUGAUGUUCAGGUUCUGGUUCCUGUUCUGUCCAAUACCAAUAAUCAUUCAGGCUGGCCACAGGCUGUGUCACAUGAUAUCCAAAAACAUGUAGAAACUAUAAAAAGCAAAAUAUUUGUUGUUCAUGGACAAAUGGAAGGGAAAACUAUUUUGCCAUUGCCUCUAGUUCCUGAAAGUGUCUUUGAAACUCAAGAUGUGGAAAGUCCAGAUAACCUUCCACAAGUGGACAGAUCAACACUUCAUUCUGUUGAAUCCAUGGUGAUUCAAUGGGCUCAUCAGGUAAUGGAUGUUAUCAAGCAAGAUUCUGCCCAAGUCUUGUUUGAAGAAUUCAAUCCUGUACCAAGUGCAGAAAUUUACUUCUGGAUAGCAAGAAAAGAAAACUUGCUUGGAAUAUAUAGACAGCUCCAGCAUCCCAAGGUUUGCAAAAUAGCUGAUAUUCUGAAAAUUACAAAAAGCAGCUACUACUCCACGUUCAAAAACAUUAUUUUGAAAUUAAGAGAAGCUGUCUCAGAGGCUCAGGACAUUGAAUUACAUCUUCGACCUUUGAAAUAUCAUCUUUCCCAACUGGAAGAAUCAAACUUCCCUGAAAUUGAACAACUUAUUACUCCCCUUUUCCACACUAUCUGCUUAAUAUGGAGCCAUUCCAGAUAUUAUUGUUUCCCAUCAAGAAUUAUUGUCUUGCUACAAGAAUUCUGCAAUUUAAUCAUCAACCAGGCUUUAAACUAUCUGGUUCCUGAAGAGAUUUUUAAAGUUGAGAUAGAAGAAGCAUUAGAGAAGGUGCAAGUUACCAUACAUAUAUUCAAAACCUUCAAGAAUUGUUUUCAUCAACACAGAUUAAAGAUUUCCUGCUAUUACAACAGCACAUUGGAAGUGAAGCACUGGGAAUUUCCAUCACAAAUGGUCUUUGCUCAUUUUGAUAGGUUUCUUGACAGAUUGUUGAAAACUGAGGAACUCUUCACCACUGCUAUUGAAUUUCUUAAAUUAGAGAAAAUUGUAAUAGGAGGUUCCAAAGGAAAAGCUUUCAAUGAAAAAUUCUACAGUAUCAAUGAAGAAUUUCAGGAAUGUUGGCGAGUAUUUGGAGAUAGCAAGUACGAUCCAUUGGAUUGCGAUAAUAUGGAAUUUUUGUCUGAUCACUGCAGAUACAUGGCAUGUAUAUAUGAUUUUGACCAACGCCUGGGCUCGGUGCUGAACCUUGCAUUCCAUGAUUCUGGAAGUCUGGAGUCAGCUUUUAAGCUCCUGUCGAUAUUUGGUGCAUUACUAGAAAGACCAGUCAUCGCCAAUAUCUUUGCUUCAAAUUAUUCCAACCUUCUUUCAAUGUUUGAAGAAGAACUUAACAGCUGCAAGCAAAUACUUGAUCAAACAAAGCAGGUGAAGAGGAAUAAUGUAUUGCAUAAGAAUAUGCCAAUGAUAGCAGGCAACCUGAAGUGUUCCCAAGAGCUUCGUGAAAGGAUAUUAAGUCAGAGGAAAGAAUUUCAACACAUUAUUCAUCCAAGUCUGCAAACAAAGGAAGCAAACGUGGUUUUCCAGAAAUGUGACAGAUUGUUGACUUUGAUCGAUCAUUAUGAAGAAGAAAUCUACAUGAUGUGGACAGAAAAUUUAGAUACUAUUUGCCAAUCAAACUUGACUCAGCCAUUUCUUUGUUGGAACAAAGAAUCUGGUUUAUACUUUGUGAACUUCAGCCCUGAGCUUUCAUCUGUACUUCGUGAGGUCAAGUACCUUGGGUUACUGAAAGGAUUUAACAUAUCGGACACAGCACUAAAUUUAUAUAUGAAAAGAGAGAUCCUUCAUAGGUUCUUUGGAAACUGGAAGCUCAUUACUGAGCUGUACAACAAUCUUCAUACUACAGUACUGGAAGUAGAAUAUCCACUUGUAGAAGGUGAACUGGAGAAAGUAAACCAACAACUGAAACCAGCUACAGAAUCCCUAACAUGGCAGACUGAGGAUCCAUGGGUAUAUAUUCAGCAGACUAAAGAUCUGAUCCAAGAUCUGAACAGCAGGAUGCAGAAAAUUAAGUAUAAUGUGGAGACAAUACACACAAUAGUGCAUGACUGGAAUGAAAUGUUGUCGUCUUGGCAAAAAAAAUGUCAAAUAGCUUCGCUCUGCCUUGAUGGAAAGAAAAUUAUGGUAAAAUACUAUAAAUUAGUUGAAGAUGGAGGGAAAACCAUUCACCAAUUAGUCAAGGAAAAUCUUCAUUUGUUCCAUGCAAAUCCACAAGCUAAUGAAUGGAAGGUAUACACUGAGUACAUUGACCACAUCAUUUUAGAUGGAUUCUAUAUUGCCGUUAAAUCCUUCCUCCAAUAUCUAAUGGAAUGUACAGAAAGUUCACCUAAAUCAUCACCACAGUUUGAAGUACAGCUGGUUCUUAGUGGCUGUGAAUUGUCAUUCAGUCCUCCCUUGGAUCUGGAAGUGAAUAAUAAUUUCUAUGAUCUCAUGGAAGAAUUAAUAAAUGAUGCUUACAAAAUAGCCUCUGAAAUAAAAAGAGUUGCAAAUCAUCUAAAAAUUGAGACCUAUCAGCAAGAAGUGGACAAAAUGAGUGAUCUGGCUGAGAUGCGUCAAAGAAUCAUGGACAGAGUGAAAAGACUUAUUGACAAAGCAAAGGAGUAUCAAUUUUCACUUAACUGUUAUAGUUAUCUAUGGAUGAAUGAAAGACUGGAAUUCAUGAGGCACUUUCAUCAUUCUCUUUCUUCAGAGGAAUUGAAGUUUCAAACAGGCUAUGGAUUACCAAGAUGUCCUCCACAGCUGGUGCAAUAUAGAGAACAGAUCAACUUCUAUGAAACAUUAUAUAUCCGAGUUAAUGCACUUGAAGAUAUCCGUAGCUUUGGGUGGUUUCAAGUAUGCAUUAAACCCUUCAAAUCAUCUUUGUUAAGUACAAUAAAAAGAUGGAGCUGGAUGUUUAAGGAGCAUCUUUUAAAUCAUGUAAUCAAUAGUGUUAAUCAGUUGGUGAGUUUUAUUGCUGUAACAGAGGAGGGCAUUACACAAAAGGUAAAGGAUGGGGACAAUGAUGGACUGGUUCAAGUCAUGGCACACUUAAUGGCAGUCCGGGAUUGGGACUCAUCUACAGAGCAAACUUUUAAAUCUCUGAGUGAAGCAGCAGGGUUGCUGCAAACCUAUGGACAGCAGAUUCCUGAAUGUGUUUAUGCAGAUCUUGAGGAGCUGCCAGAAAAGUGGAAGAGACUUAAAAAGAUUGCUUUAACUACAAAGCAUGAAGUGGCACCUUUGCAGUCCAAUGAAGUAUCUGUUAUCAGGAGGAAAUGUGUACAGUUUGAGGAAGAUCAAUUCAAGUUCAGAGAGCAAUUUAGAAGUGAAGCUAUUUUUAAGUUUGAUGCAGACAACCCUUACGCACAUUUAGAUAAGGCACAUUGGCAUAUUAGUAAGCUUGAAGCAGAAAUGCAGAAACUUCAGGAAGCAGCUAAGCUAUUUGAAGUGAACAUAUUAGAUUACAAACAGCUGAAACAUUGCCGUUCAGAUAUUGUUCUAUUGAAGUCUAUAUGGGACUUGGUUAUUUUUGUACAGACCAGCAUUGAUGAUUGGACUAAAACGCAGUGGAAACAAAUAAAUAUUGAACAAAUGGACAUGGAACUGCGAAGAUUUUCAAAGGAGAUGAAAGCUCUUGAUAAGGAGGUUCGAGUAUGGAACGUUUAUGCUGGAUUAGCAUCCACUGUUAAAAAUAUGCUGAUUUCCCUUCGGGCUGUGACUGAGCUGCAGAAUCCUGCAGUCAGGUCGAGGCAUUGGGAGCAAUUAAUGAAUGCAACAGGGGUCAGCUUCGUCAUGGAUGCUGACACCACCCUAGGGGACUUGUUAGCUCUGCAGCUGUACAGAGUGGAAGAGGAAGUUAAAAACAUUGUAGAUAAGGCAGUGAAGGAAAUGGCCAUAGAAAAGGUGCUGGGAGAGAUUAGUCAAAUAUGGAGUGUAAUGGAGUUUUCAUAUGAAAUACACCAUAGCACUGGAACUCCAGUGCUCAAGUCUGAUGCGAACCUUGUUGAAACUCUGGAAGAUAAUCAGGUUCAGCUGCAAAACAUUUUGAUGAGCCAACAUGUGGAAUAUUUCUUAAUCGAUGUCAGCAGCUGGCAAAAGAAAUUAAUGAUUAGUGAUUUAGUCAUUUCCAUUUGGAUGGAAGUACAGCGGACAUGGGCUCACUUGCAGAGCAUUUUCACUGGAUCUGAAGAUAUCAGAAAUCAGCUUCCCCAAGAUGCCAAAAGAUUUGAUGAGAUCGAUUUGGAUUUCAAGGACUUAAUGUCUUUGGCCAUCAAGAAUAGAAAAAUAGUUGACGCAACAAACAAUCUUGGAUUAUUGGAAAAAUUAGAAGCCCUUCAACAAAGAUUGGCUCUCUGUGAAAAAGCUUUAUCUGAAUAUCUGGAGACAAAACAACUCACAUUUCCAAGAUUUUACUUUGUUUCUGCAAUGGAUUUAUUAGAAAUUAUUUCCAAAGGAGGUCAGCCAAAACAGGUGACAAAGCAUCUACUUAAGAUGUUUGAUAAUUUAGCUGAUUUAAAAUUUGAAGAUGAUGAUAAUGAUCAUCCCUCUAAAGCAGUGGGAAUGUACAGUCGAGAAGGUGAAUAUGUACAGCUUUCACCGCCCUGUUUCUGUGAAGGACAGGUUGAAUGUUGGCUGCAUCAGCUUGAGGGGGCAAUGUGGACCAAAGUGAAACAAGAGAUCAUGGAAGCAGUAGUAGCUUAUGAAGAGAAGCCGAGAGAUCAGUGGUUAUUUGAUUAUCCAGCACAAGUGGCUUUGACUGGCACUCAGAUUUGGUGGACAACAGAUGUUGGAAUCGCUUUUGACCGUCUUGAGGAAGGCUUUGAAACAGCUUUAAAAGAUUAUUACAAAAAACAAAUUGCUCAGCUAAAUGUGCUUAUAAACAUGCUACUGGGAGAGCUCACCCAUGGUGAUCGUCAGAAGAUUAUGACAAUCUGUACAAUUGAUGUACAUGCCAGAGAUGUUGUAGCAAAGCUCAUAACACAGAAGGUCAUAAAUAGUCAGGCUUUUGCUUGGCUCUCUCAACUACGACACAGAUGGGAUGAUAAUCAAAAGCAUUGCUUUGUUGAUAUCUGUGAUGCCUAUUUUCAAUAUUCAUACGAGUACCUUGGUAAUACACCUCGCUUGGUAAUUACCCCUCUGACUGACAGGUGUUAUAUUACCUUGACUCAAUCUUUACAUUUGAUAAUGAGUGGAGCGCCAUCAGGACCAGCUGGGACUGGUAAAACAGAGACUACCAAGGACCUGGGACGUUCUCUGGGCAUUAUGGUGUAUGUUUUCAACUGCUCUGAACAGAUGGAUUAUAAGUCCAUAGGAAAUAUAUAUAAAGGCCUUGCACAAACAGGAGCAUGGGGAUGCUUUGAUGAAUUUAAUCGUAUUUCAGUGGAAGUUCUCUCAGUUGUAGCUGUACAAGUCAAAACUAUUCAAGAUGCAAUUAGAAACAAGAAAAAAAGAUUUUAUUUUCUAGGAGAACUUAUUGAACUGAAACCUUCUGUUGGAAUAUUUAUUACCCUGAAUCCAGGAUAUGCAGGAAGAGCAGAGCUUCCUGAAAACCUUAAAGCCCUCUUUAGACCUUGUGCAAUGGUAAUCCCAGACCUAGAGCUGAUAUGUGAAAUAAUGUUGAUGGCAGAGGGAUUCAUAGAUGCCAGGAUGCUUGCCAGAAAAUUUAUAAGUCUCUACAAACUUUGCCGUGAGCUGUUGUCAAAGCAGGACCACUAUGACUGGGGCCUAAGAGCUAUAAAAUCUGUACUGGUUGUUGCUGGAUCACUGAAGAGAGGAGAUCGAAAUAGGCCUGAGGAACAGGUUCUAAUGCGUGCUUUGAGAGAUUUUAAUCUGCCGAAAAUUGUUACCAAUGAUGUUCCCAUUUUUCUGGGUCUGAUUGGUGACCUUUUUCCAUUGUUGGAUGUACCACGCAAGAGAGAUGUAGAUUUGGAACAGAUGGUGCGCCAGUCUAUUUCAGAACUGCAUCUGCAGCCAGAGGAUAACUUCAUAUUAAAGGUUACGCAACUAGAGGAGCUGUUGGCAGUGCGACACUCAGUUUUUGUUGUGGGUGUUGCUGGAACAGGAAAGAGCCAAAUAUUAAGAACUCUACACAGGACUUAUGCCAACAUGAAGUUGAAGCCAGUCUGGUGUGAUAUAAACCCCAAGGCCGUGACCACAGAUGAGUUGUUUGGAUUUUUGCAUCCUGCUACACGUGAAUGGAAGGAUGGCUUGUUUUCAAUGACCAUGAGGGAACUUUCCAGUGUUGCUCAUAGAGGUCCUAAGUGGAUUGUUUUAGAUGGAGAUAUUGACCCUAUGUGGAUAGAAUCGCUUAAUACAGUAAUGGAUGAUAACAAGGUACUGACUUUAGCAAGCAAUGAGCGUAUAUCUUUGACACCAUCCAUGAGGUUAUUAUUUGAAAUCAGUCAUCUACAUGCAGCAACUCCUGCUACAGUGUCCAGGGCUGGCAUAAUAUAUGUCAAUCCACAGGAUUUAGGAUGGAGUCCAUAUGUCACUAGCUGGAUUGACGCUCAUGAAGCCCAGUCAGAGCGGGCAAAUCUUACUAUUCUGUUUGAGAAGUAUGUUCCUAUUUGUCUGGAACAAGUGCGUUGUAAUCUUAAAACUAUUACUCAAACUCCUGAAAACAGUAUUGUACAGACCUUAUGUUCUUUAUUAGACUGCUUAUUAACACCAAAAAAUACUCCCCCAGACGCUCCACGUGAGAUCUAUGAGAUGUACUUUGUGUUUGCUUGUGUCUGGGCUUUUGGUGGAGCACUAUUACAAGAUCAACUUGUUGAUUACCGAGUUGAAUUUAGUAGAUGGUGGACCAAAGAGAUGAGAACCAUUAAAUUCCCAUCCCAAGGGACGGUCUUUGAUUAUUAUAUUGACUGUGAUACUAAAAAGUUUGCUCCAUGGACAGAUAAAGUCCCAACUUCUGAAAUGGAACCAGAUGCCCCUCUACAGGAUGUGCUUGUUCAUACUCAAGAAACUGUUGGCCUGAAAUAUUUCAUUGAUUUACUUGUGGAAAAAGGAAAACCAGUGAUGUUGGUUGGGAAUGCAGGGGUCGGAAAGACUAUUCUUGUAUCAGAGGAAACUUCAAAGCUAACCGAAAAUUAUACUGUAACUAAAGUUCCUUUUAACUACUAUACAACCUCAGCCAUGCUUCAGCGGGUUCUUGAGAAACCUUUAGAAAAAAAGGCUGGAAGAAAUUAUGCUCCUGAAGGCACAAAAAGGCUGAUUUAUUUUAUUGAUGAUCUUAAUAUGCCUGAAGUGGAUGCCUAUGGUACAGUCCAACCACAUACUCUAAUCAGGCAACAUCUGGAUUAUGGCCACUGGUAUGACAGACAGAAGUUAGUUCUGAAAGAAAUUCAUAAUUGCCAAUACAUCACUUGCAUGAAUCCUGCAGCUGGCAGUUUCUCCAUAAAUAUGCGUCUUCAGAGGCACUUCUCAGUUUUUGCAGUAAAUUUACCAGGAAUAGAUUCUUUGGCUACGAUAUACAGUAGUAUUCUUAAUACUUACUUUCAAGAAAACAAUUUCAGUUACAAUGUAAUGAAAAUUGUUAAUACUGUUGUUCGGGCUUCUAUCUGUCUUCAUCAAAAAGUGAGCCAAAUCUUCCUACCUACAGCAAUCAGGUUCCAUUAUAUUUUUAACUUACGAGAUCUGUCCAACAUCUUCCAGGGAAUUCUUUUUGUUACUCCAGAUUGUGUACGGCUGCCUACAGAUUUAAUUUCUUUAUGGCUUCAUGAAUCAUCCAGAGUAUAUGCUGACAAACUAAUGGAAGAAAAAGACGUUGAACUCUUUUACAAAGUCCUUUUUGAUACUGCCAAGAGAUACUUUGAGGUCAUUGAUGAACAUAUUUUUACCCAAAAGCCAUUGAUUUACUGCCACUUCGCUCAAGGUGUUGGAGAGCCUCGAUAUUUGCCUGUAACUGAUUUGAAGAAGCUUUAUAGAAUUCUUUCAGAUGCACUGGAACAUUACAAUGAAGUGCAUGCAGUGAUGAACCUUGUUCUAUUCACUGAGGCCAUGCAGCAUAUAUGUCGUAUAAGUCGUAUUUUGGAGGCUCCACGAGGCAAUGCACUUUUAGUUGGUGUUGGAGGGAGUGGCAAACAAAGCCUGUGUCGUUUGGCAGCAUUUCUUUGCUCACUAGAGGUGUUUCAGAUAACACUGCGCAAGAACUAUGGAAUUCCUGACCUCAGGGCUGAUAUUGCUGCUUUGUAUAUUAAAGUUGGAGUGAAGAAUAUUGGCACAGUAUUCCUUCACACAGAUGCUCAAAUACCAGAUGAACGAUUCCUAGUUCUAAUUAAUGACAUGUUGGCUUCAGGGGAUAUUCCAGAUUUGUUCAGUGAAGAAGAAGUGGACAACAUUAUUUCAACCAUAAGGAUGGAAUUACGAGGUCUCGGAUUGUUGGAUACCCGAGAGAACUGCUGGCAAUUCUUUAUCGCCAGGAUUCGACAACAAUUAAAGGUUGUACUAUGCUUCUCUCCGGUGGGCUUUGCUCUUCGGGCAAGAGCAAGGAAGUUCCCAGCUGUAGUGAACUGCACAGCCAUUGACUGGUUUCACCCAUGGUCCCAGGCAGUUCUGGAAUCUGUUAGCUAUAGUUUCAUUGAAAAAAUUGAUGGACUGCAGUUGGAAGUGAAAUCUUCUAUAAGUCAGUUUAUUGCCUAUGCACAUAUCAGUGUGAAUGCAAUUAGUGUGAAAUAUCAACAGAACGAGAAACACUAUAACCACACCACUCCGAAAAGCUUCCUCGAACAAAUUCAAUUAUAUCAAAACCUCCUGUGUAAGAAAAGAAAAGAACUAAUGCAAAAAAAAGAGCGUCUAGAAAAUGGACUCAAAAAAUUACAAACCACGGCUUCACAAGUAGAAGAUCUGAAAGCAAAACUAGCUGCUCAAGAAAUGGAACUUGACCAGAGGAACAAAGACGCAGAGGCACUGAUUAUCAAAGUAGGGCAGCAGACUGAGAAGCUAAAUCAAGAGAGAACUAUUGCAGAUGCUGAAGAGCAAAGGGUAACUGCUAUGCGAACAGAAGUGUCAAAGCAGCAGAAGGAAUCUGCAGAAGACCUUGCUAAGGCUGAGCCUGCACUUAAUGCUGCAAAUGCAGCUUUAAACACAUUAAACAGGUCAAACUUGACAGAAUUACGAACCUUUCCAAAUCCACCUGCAAUCGUUACCAAUGUUACUGCAGCAGUGCAGGUGCUUUUAGCUCCAAGUGGAAAAAUCCCUAAAGAUAGAAGCUGGAAGACUGCUAAAGUAUAUUUGAGCAAGGUAGAUGAAUUUCUACAAGCUAUUGUUAACUUUGAUAAGGAGCACAUCCCAGAAGCCACUAUCAAAACUAUAAAGGAAGAGUAUCUUAAGGAUCCUGAAUUCAAUCCUGAGUUUGUGCGGACAAAGUCAUCGGUUGCCGCUGGACUCUGUGCUUGGGUUAUAAAUAUCGUUAAAUUCCAUGAGGUUCACUGUGAAGUGGAAUUCAAACGGAAAGCACUUGUGCAAGCCAAUUCUGACUUAGCUGCUGCAGCAGAGAAACUUCAAAUUAUCAGAAAAAAGCUUGCUGAAUUAGAUGCAAGCUUGGCUGAGUUAACAGCAGCCUUUGAAAGAGCCACAUUUGAAAAAGUUCGCUGUCAGGGUGAAGUGAACAGAACCAAUAAGACGAUUGAACUGGCUAACAGAUUAGUGAGAGGACUAGAGUCAGAGAAUGUGCGCUGGGCUCAGUCUAUUACACAGUAUCGUGAGCAAGAAGAAACCCUCUGUGGCGAUGUCCUUUUAAUGGCAGCUUUUAUUUCUUAUGCUGGCUCUUUCUCAAAGAGAUAUCGCUAUGAACUUGUUCAAAGCAUGUGGAUGCCUUACCUGAGAAGCCAAAAGGUUCCAGUUCCAAUGACUGAAGGUUUAGAUGUUGUUGCUUUACUAACAGAUGAUGCAACAAUUGCAGCCUGGAACAAUGAAGGCUUGCCGAGUGACAAAAUGUCCACUGAAAAUGCCACCAUUGUUUCUAAUUGUGAACGUUGGCCACUCUUGAUUGAUCCUCAACUCCAGGGAAUAAAGUGGAUCAAAAACAGAUAUGGCAGCAAUUUGAAAGUCAUCAAUUUGAGUCAAAAAGGGUACAUGGAUAUCAUAGAACAAGCACUUGGUGUGGGAGACAUUGUUUUAAUAGAAAAUAUGGAAGAGAUGAUUGAUCCUGUGCUAGACCCAUUACUUGGAAGGCACACUAUUAAGAAAGGAAGGUCCAUUCGAGUUGGAGAUAAAGAAUGUCCAUUCCAUCCCAAUUUCCAUUUGAUUCUGCACACCAAACUGGCUAAUCCUCAUUAUAAACCUGAAAUACAAGCACAGACUACGCUGAUUAAUUUCACAGUCAUCCGUGAUGGCCUAGAAGACCAGAUACUUGCAGAGGUGGUGAACUUUGAAAGACCUGAUCUGGAACAACUGAAGUCUGACCUCACCAAGCAACAGAAUCAUUUCAAAAUUGAACUGAAGUUACUUGAGGAUGAACUAUUAACACGGCUUUCAGCUGCAGACGGGAAUUUCCUUGGAGAUACAUUACUGGUAAAAAAUCUUGAAACCACAAAGCAUACAGCAGCUGAAAUAGAAAUGAAGGUGCUUGAAGCUAAAUUCAACGAAGUAAAGAUCGAUGAAGCUCGUGAACAUUAUCGUCCUGUAGCUGUCAGAGCUUCACUACUCUACUUCAUCAUGAGUGAUCUUAAUAUGAUCAAUCCUAUGUACAGAUUCUCACUCAAGGCAUUUGCUGCUGUGUUUCACAAAGCUGUACAACAGGCUGAAGAGGCCGAUGAUGUUCGUGAGAGGGUGACAAAUCUAAUCGAUACAAUCACAUACUCAACCUUCAUUUAUGUUAGCCGUGGAUUAUUUGAAAGGGAUAAACUUACCUUUAUGACUCAGCUGGCAUUUCAGCUUUUACUUUUGAAAAAGGAAGUAGAUGCUCAUGAACUUGACUUCUUGCUCAGAUUUAAUAUUGACCAUAAUUACAACAGUCCUGUAGACUUCCUGUCAAACGCAGCAUGGAGUGCAAUAAAGACAAUGAGCUUCAUGGAUGAAUUUCGUGGUUUGGAUAGGGAUAUUGAAGGUUCAGUCAAACGUUGGAAAAAAUUUGUUGAAUCUGAAUGCCCAGAAAAAGAGGAGUUUCCUCAAGAAUGGAAAAACAAUAGCUCUCUUCAGAAGCUUAUUAUGAUGCGUGCUUUGCGUCCAGAUCGUAUGACAUAUGCAAUAAGAAAAUUUGUGGAAGAGAAGCUUGGAACAAAAUACAUUGAAGGUCGUCAGACAGAAUUUAUUAAAUCAUUCAGAGAAAGUGGUCCUGCAUCUCCUAUCUUCUUCAUUCUCUCUUCCGGGGUUGAUCCACUGAAAGAUGUAGAGGCCUUGGGAAAAAAACUUGGUUUUACUAUUGAUUCUGGAAAACUCCACAAUGUAUCCCUUGGGCAAGGGCAAGAAGCAAUUGCUGAACAAGCUGUGGUAAAAGCUUCUAAAGAAGGACACUGGGUUAUCCUGCAGAAUAUUCACUUAGUGGCUAAAUGGCUCAACAUUUUAGAACAACUUCUUGAAAAGUGCAGUGAAGGAUCCCAUCCAGACUAUCGUGCAUUCAUGAGUGCUGAGUCUGCUCCAACUCCUGAAGAGCAUAUUAUUCCGCAAGGAAUCCUUGAGGACUCGAUCAAAAUUACCAAUGAACCACCAAAUGGAAUGUUAGCUAAUCUCCAUGCAGCUUUGGAUAAUUUUGAUCAGGAUAUUCUAGAUCAGUGCUCACGUGAACAUGAAUUUAAGGCAAUACUGUUUUCACUGUGCUACUUCCACGCCUGUGUGGCUGAACGUCGCAAAUUUGGACCUCAGGGCUGGAAUCGAAAGUAUCCUUUUAAUACAGGAGACCUGACAAUUUCAGUUCAAGUGUUAUACAGCUAUUUGGAAACUAACACACAGGUACCAUGGGAAGAUCUGCGUUACCUCUUUGGUGAAAUUAUGUAUGGUGGUCAUAUUACUGAUGACUGGGAUAGGAGACUGUGCCGUACUUAUCUAGAAGAGUACAUGCAACCUAAUCAGUUGGAAAGUAAACUAGCUUUAGCUCCUGGUUUUGUAGCACCAACAAAUCUUGAUUACAAUGGUUAUCACAGAUACAUUGAUAAAAUGUUACCACCUGAAAGUCCAGCACAUUAUGGUCUCCACUCGAAUGCGGAGAUUGAAUUCUUGACUGUAACUUCGGACAAUCUUCUGCAUACCUUACUGGAAAUGCAGCCCAGAGAUUCAGUGACUGCUGAAGGAGUAACACAAACUGUUGAAGAAAAGGUAAAAGCUAUCUUGGAUGAUAUAUUGGAAAAGCUACCAGAGGAAUACAAUAUGGCUGAUAUAACCUCUAAACCAGCUGAGCGCUCCCCAUAUGUUCUGGUUUGUUUCCAAGAAUGUGAAAGAAUGAAUAUCCUAAUUCAAGAAAUGAGACAUUCAUUGAGGGAACUUGAUCUGGGGUUGAAGGGUGAGUUAGCAAUUUCAUCUGAGAUGGAGCUACUGAAGACAGCACUUUUCUUUGAUAAUGUUCCUGACAGCUGGACCAAGCUGGCAUAUCCAUCAAUGUACAGUCUAGCACAGUGGUACAGUGACCUUCUAAUGCGCUGCCAUGAACUUGACAUUUGGACGCAGGAUCUGUCCCUUCCUAGUGUAACUUGGAUCUCGGGUUUUUUCAAUCCACAAUCUUUUCUUACAGCUGUAAUGCAAAGUUUGGCCAGGAAAAAUGAAUGGCCUCUGGAUAAGAUGCACCUCACAGUGGAUGUCACCAAAAAAUUAAAGGAAGACUUUGCACAACCUGCCCGAGAAGGAGCAUACAUUUCUGGAUUUUACAUGGAAGGAGCACGCUGGGACAUGCAGAAUGGUCAUAUAGCAGAAGCUCGGUUGAAAGAACUUACACCGAUGAUGCCUGUAAUAUUUGUUAAAGCAAUCCCCAUUGAUAAACAAGAAAUGAGAAAUAUUUAUGAAUGUCCUGUCUAUAAGACAAAACUGAGAGGACCCACCUAUGUCUGGACUUUCAAUCUGAAGACAAAAGAGAAACCUGCAAAAUGGAUUCUUGCUGGUGUUGCUCUACUGUUAGGUGUGUAG